AUGAAAAGUUGUGAUGAUACUGCAGUUGCGUUGGUACGUGAAGACAAGUCUGUUUUAUCGUCAAGACGAUUCGCUGAUCGAGAAACACAACGGAGAUUGGGUGGAAUUUCUCCAAGAGCGGUAGCCUUGCAGCAUAAGGAACAUCUCCCACGUCUUCUGAAUGAAUGUUUGGAUGAAGCAGGUAUGAGCGUCUCGGAUGUGGAUGCUAUAGCUGUGACAACUCGACCCGGGUUGGUCAUUGCCCUGAAAGAAGGCAUACGAUUAGGACUAGCUUUGUCAAGACAAUACAAAAGGGACUUCGUAUCUAUACAUCACAUGCGUGCGCAUGCAUUAUCUGGUUUUCUCGUUUCUGAAAGCCUACGGUUUCCCUUCAUUUCAACGUUGAUCUCUGGUGGUCACGCUUUAAUAGUGCUAUCUCGUUCGGCAGACGACUUCGUUCUGUACGGCCAAAGUACUUCUGGAAGUCCUGGUGAGUGCUUGGACAAGAUAGCAAGAGAACUGGAAAUAAAUAAUGUAGAAGAAUUUCGUGAUGUUCAUCCAGGUGCUGCAGUGGAGCAAUUGGCGAGUCGGUGCUCUGAAAAUGGUCAUCUACGAUACACUGCUGUUGGACCAUGUACUUCUGGAGCGGAUAUGAAUUUUUCGCAGUUGAAGUCAACAUACUUGAACCUCGUGAGAAAGCACAGGGACGACGUGGACUUCAGUGUGGAAGACUUCUGUGCAAGUGUUCAGCAAAAUAAUAAUGAUCUUACAUCACCACGUCACUCGCCAUCUUGUCUCGAAGCUUCACAACUGUCUCGAAUAUCUUCAUGUAGUGGAGAGUUAAUAAGCAUAAAACAUCUCGUAGUCAGUGGUGGUGUAGCAGCAAAUGGGUACAUAUGUAACGCCAUAUCGAAACUAGCGAGUUUUCAUGGUCUAGAGGUGAUCAAGGUCCCACCCCGCCUUUGUACCGACAAUGCUGAAAUGAUUGCAUGGAAUGGCAUUCUGUGCUUACGUGAAAACGCUUCAAACAUCCAUCGGUAUCCAGAAAUACCAGAGUCGGUGUAUGCGCAUGCUCGUUUUCCUAUUGGCACAUGUUCACGUUCGUUGGUACCCUCAAAACCAAAACGAAAACUUGGUAUCACAACAGUACAUGGUGACGUGCCCUUGAAAGUUUUUGACAUGGACCGCUUCAGACAGCAGAAAGCUGGCGCUUUGCUAGCAGGCUAA